AUGACCGUGCGUAGAAAAUACACGCCAGAGGUCUUGUUGAGCGCCCCUAGGAGGUCUGCAGCUGUUCCCAGCCCAGAUGGAAAGCUUGCUCUGUACACGCAAUCUCUGUACUCAUUUGAUACCCAUUCCAGGACCAACGAGGUUAACGUCUUGGAUCUUGUCAACAACCAGGUCGUGACCAUCAGUAAAGACCCCAAGGUCAGUGAGCCCAAGUGGACUGGCUAUGGCUACGAAGUCGUCUGGUUGAAGGAAUGCGACAACGGAAACACCAGCUUGGUUGUUACCGAUGCCUCCCUUCCCGGCAAAGUCUACACAGCCGGCACUGUGCCCGGUCCAGUGUCAGGUCUCAAACUACUUGCCAUUGAGACGGGCAAGGUAGCCAUCGCCGUGGCAGGCUCUGCCAACCCAGAUGGAAGUCUACACAAUCCAAAGGACAUCCCUAAAUCACACAGCUCGGCCCGUGUCUACGACUCACUUUUCGUUCGUCACUGGGACUCCUACGUCACCGACCAACGAAAUGCAAUCUUUACAGGCCUGCUGCAGAAAUCUCAGCCCGUGGUUACUUCGCGCCAAGGAAGGUACAACUUAUUGGGUUUUGCCAAUGCUCUUCAAGGCACCAAACUGGAGUGCCCAAUUCCUCCAUUCGGUGGAACUGAUCAUUUCGACAUCGGCCGACAUGGUCUGGUCAUCGUGUCAAAAGACCCCCAUCUUGACCCCGCCACCCAUACCAAAUGCAAUGCUUACUUUAUCGCCAAGCAGCAUAGUUUGGACGUGACAACUUCAGGUCUUCACAAAAUUCAUGUACCCGGCCUCAAUGGUGCUGCAUCUUCGCCUGUCUUCUCUCCAGACGGCUCGUCUUUUGCAUUCCUUCAGAUGGCCACCGAUGGAUAUGAAAGUGACAGGAAUCGGAUUGUGUUUGUCCAUGGCAUUGCGUCUAGUGAAAUCAUGGCUCGAGAAAUCAAUUGUCAAAAUGAGACUCUCUCACCUUGGGACAGAUCUCCUACUACAGUCAAAUGGUCCGUAGAUGGAAAACAUCUACUUCUCGAGGCAGAGGACAUUGGGCGCGGAUGUCUAUUUGCGCUCGACCUGGACGUUGCUGCCCCAGGGCCUAGCUGGCAACCAAGAAAAGUCGCUACUGGAGGCUACAUCAUCGAUUUUGCACCCCUAGCUAACAAUUCGAAUCUACUUCUUGUAUCCAGCAACAGCCUUGUGGACAAUAGCACCUACACCAUCGUGGACCCAUCAGGGGAGUCUCAGCCAACAGUGAUUUCAUCGCUGUCCCGAAGUGGUUCACUAUUUGGCCUUUCUCCCGAACAGGUAUCCGAAAUUUGGUGGAAGGGUGCCAAUGAUCAUCCCGUACACGCAUGGGUGAUGAGGCCGUCUUUCUUCAAGGCGGACCAGAAGUACCCGCUUGCCUAUCUAAUUCAUGGCGGACCACAAGGAGCAUGGAAUGAUCAGUGGUCGACGCGUUGGAACCCGGCUGUCUUUGCCGAGCAGGGAUAUAUUGUGGUCUGUCCCAACCCGACCGGCUCGACCGGCUAUGGUCAAGCGUUUACGGAUGCUAUUCGAAAUGAAUGGGGCGGACUCCCGUAUGAAGAUCUUGUCAAAGGUUUUGAAUACAUCGAGUCGGACUUGGACUAUGUGGACACAACAAAGGCUGUCGCAUUGGGUGCCAGUUACGGAGGGUACAUGAUGAAUUGGUUCCAAGGUCAUGACUUGGGCCGCAAAUUCAAAGCGAUCGUCUGCCAUGAUGGGGUGUUCAGCAUGACGGGGCAGUUGGCGUCCGAGGAACAAUAUUUCCCCAUCCACGACUUGGGUGGACCGAUCUGGGAACGACAAGAGAUGUACGACAAGUGGGAUCCUAGUCGAUUUACCAAGUACUGGGAGACGCCGAUGCUGGUCAUCCACAACGAACUCGAUUACCGACUAACAAUUUCGGAAGGGUUGUCGGCAUUCAAUGUGCUGCAAAUGAGGAACAUCGAAAGUCGCUUCCUCAGCUUCCCAGAUGAGAACCACUGGGUGUUGAAGCCGGAGAACAGCCUGGUGUGGCACCUAGUUGUCCUUAAUUGGAUCAACAAAUUCGUCGGAUUGCCGAAAUUGGCCGACCGACAAGGCAGAGACGGGUCGUCGUUCUGUUGGCAAGGACGGAGGAGACGACAAAACAGCAUUCGCGUACCAGGUGCCUCACGCAUUGAGCAGUAA